GGCAUUUGGACGUCGACCAGUAAAGGAGGAAAAGGAGGAAAAAAAAAAGUGAGGGGAGCGAAGACAGCAGAAAGGAGCCGCUUCACAUUGCCUGCACGAAAAGAGACAUCAAAUCCUUAGAAUAAGGGUUGGUCGCACACAGGCAGCACCGUCCCAGGAGUUCUCCGUGUUGCCUUCAGGAAUCCACUUCACCCCUGCCUGAUGUGUUUGGACCACUCCUGAUCCCGAAGCAAACGAGAACGAGAAGUCAGCACCUGCGCAUCCCGAGAUGGACGACGACAGCCGUUACCGAGACAAUCGCUCCGACUUCAUCCGCGGCGCCAAGGACAUCGCCAAGGUUGCCAAGAAGCAGGUGGGCAAGAAGAUGGGGCGCGGCGUGGACAAGAUGGCCGACGAGUACACCCGCCGCUCCUACAAGCGUUUCGAGGAGGAAGACGACGACGACGACUACGCCGGGGUCCCGGGCGGCGAAGAUGGAGGCGGAGGCUACUACCGCAACGACAGCCGCGCCAACGACGACGACGCCCACAGCGACUCCACCGAGGGCCACGACGAGGACGAUGAGAUCUACGAGGGCGAGUACCAGGGCAUCCCGCGUGGGGACUCGGCCAAGGCGGAUGGCGCACCGGUGCAGGCGCAGGCGCAGCACUUCCGCGACCUGUCGGCGUACGAGGGCGAGCGCAGGAAGGACCAGGAGGAGCUGGCCCAGCAGUACGAGACCAUCCUGCAGGAGUGCGGCCACGGAAAGUUCCAGUGGACGCUUUACUUCGUGCUGGGUUUGGCGCUCAUGGCCGACGGCGUGGAGAUCUUCGUGGUGGGCUUUGUGCUGCCCAGCGCCGAAAAGGACAUGUGCCUGUCGGAGCCCAACAAGGGCAUGCUGGGCCUGAUCGUGUACCUGGGAAUGAUGGUGGGCGCGUUCGUGUGGGGCGGCCUGGCCGACCGCAUCGGGCGGCGGCAGACGCUGCUCAUCUCGCUGUCCAUCAACAGCGUAUUCGCCUUCUUCUCGUCCUUCGUGCAAGGCUACAGUUCCUUCCUCUUCUGCCGGCUGGCCUCCGGAGUCGGCAUCGGAGGCUCCAUACCCAUCGUGUUUUCCUACUACUCUGAGUUUCUGGCUCAGGAGAAGCGAGGAGAGCACCUGAGCUGGCUCUGCAUGUUCUGGAUGAUCGGCGGCAUCUACGCCUCGGCCAUGGCCUGGGCCAUCAUCCCACACUACGGCUGGAGCUUCCAGAUGGGCUCGGCCUACCAGUUCCACAGCUGGCGGGUCUUCGUGCUGGUGUGCGCCUUCCCCUCGGUGGCGGCCAUCUCCGCGCUCACCACCAUGCCCGAGAGCCCACGCUUCUACCUGGAGAAUGGGAAACACGACGAGGCCUGGAUGAUUCUGAAGCAGGUGCACGACACCAACAUGAGGGCCAAAGGAUAUCCCGAGAGGGUCUUCUCUGUGACCACCAUCAAAACGGUGAAGCAGAUGGACGAGCUGGUCAACCUGGGAGACGGCGCCGCCUGGCACGAGAAGUGGAGGAUAAAGCUCACCUCCCUUUUCCAUCAGGUGUGGAGUAAUUUCCAGACAGUUUUCUCCCCUGAGUACCGCCGCACCACAUACAUGAUGAUGGCCGUCUGGUUCUCCAUGUCCUUUAGCUACUACGGUCUGACCGUAUGGUUCCCGGACAUGAUCAAGUACCUUCAGAAGCAAGAGUAUGCCUCACGCACCAAAGUCUUCGUCAAGGAGAAGGUGGAACAUGUCACCUUCAACUUCACUCUGGAGAACCAGGUGCACCGCCAGGGGGAGUACUUCAAUGACAAAUUCAUGAACCUGAAAAUGAGGUCGAUGGUGUUUGAAGACUCGUUGUUUGAGGAGUGCUACUUUGAGGACAUCACCUCCAGUAACACUUUCUUCAAGAACUGUACCUUUAUCGCCACCCUCUUCUACAACACAGACCUGUUCAAGUACAGGUUGGUCAACAGCCGGCUGAUCAACAGCACCUUCCUUCACAACAAGGAGGGCUGCUUGCUGAGCGACGUGAGCGACGAGAACAACGCCUACAUGGUCUACUUUGUCAGCUUCCUGGGCACCUUGGCCGUGUUGCCGGGCAACAUCGUGUCGGCGCUGCUUAUGGACAAGAUCGGACGGCUCCGGAUGCUCGCGGGGUCCAGCGUGAUUUCCUGCGUCAGCUGCUUCUUCCUGUCCUUCGGCAACAGCGAGUCGGCCAUGAUCGCGCUGCUCUGCCUGUUCGGCGGCAUCAGCAUCGCCUCCUGGAACGCGCUGGACGUGCUGACCGUCGAGCUCUACCCGUCCGACAAGAGGACCACGGCCUUCGGCUUCCUGAACGCGUUGUGCAAGCUGGCGGCCGUGCUGGGCAUCAGCAUCUUCACGUCCUUCGUGGGCAUCACCAAGGCGGUGCCCAUCCUCUUCGCCUCGGGGGCGCUGGCGGCCGGCAGCUUCCUGGCCCUCAAACUGCCCGAGACCAGGGGUCAAGUGCUGCAAUAGUCAAACGCCGCGCAGGUGAGCGAGGCGGCGCUUGCGCUUCUGGCCCAAUUGGAAUCGUGACGCAAUUUUCUACACGCCUCAAAAAACGGAUGCGGAUGUCGGGGGUCCGAGGACUGGGGGGCUCCCGACGGUGAGCUGCGCAAAAUAUUUGAUGCCUCUUUGUUGUCCUUUCUUUUCUUUUGUUUUAUUUUUGAGGUGAUUUUGUUGACAAUGAAGCGUUCGGGCUCCGUUUUGUUCCGGCAGCGCUUAGCGGAGCUCCCUUUUGCCCUUUAAAAAGUUUCUUUACAAUCGAGUUGAAAGUCAUCAAGCGUCCGUGGAAAGCACAAGCGAAAGCGUGCGUUCUCUCAUUUUGUGAAACCCUUUCCCAGAGAAAUGCCUUUUUUUGUACUUCCCCCGACACGUCUUACGCAUGUCAAGUGGACGGAUGUACUGGAUGCGCACGUAUAUAAAUGUGUGUACCGUUUGUACGCGUAUGACCGCCGGGAGCUCCCAACGCACGGAACGGACGUUUCAAAAUGGCGCUGCAAAAGGGAGACGGCGAAAACCUGGCGACGUCAAACGCGCCGUUCGUCGCGUGGCGAACGGACGACGGCAAAUGAGGAAAUGGAGGGAGGUCGCGUUAGUCCAAAAGGAGGAGGCGGUAACGAUAAAUCAAUGAAUCGACACUUAAUCCUUAUUCAAAUUUAUCGGGGGACCUACUUUCGUUGUCAAUCGUCGGAAUCCUCGAAAAUUUCAGCCUCUCCGCGGCAAAUAUUCUCCGAUUUCCCUCGUCCUCUACGAAAGCGGCCCGAUUAUCGUUUGUGUCGGAAAACAUUUGCAAACAUCCGCAUUUGUGCUGAUUUUCUGACGCAUUACGGACCCGACCAGCCACCGAAUCGUCAUCCAUUUAUGGAAAUGAGAAACAAUUGAGCAAAAUGAUGGUUAAUUGCAGGCCGAGUAUGACGUGUAGCGGAAACCCGAAGCCGCCUCGGAAGCCAAAUACCAAACGGGUCGUCGCGGCUCUCAGUUUGAAAAAUGUUGUUUGAAUGCUUCUGGCGUCAAAUCGCUUCACUUUGGAUUUUCUUUCAUCACUAAGCAAAAAUAAUCAGCGAUUAAACACUCAUCGGGGAGUUAAAAAGUUGUGCAAUAGUCAAGUUGUGAUUUGAUUAUUGGAAUUAUGGAUGGGAAAAGCCUCAGAAUGAUGGAUCGCGACCAUUUCCGCAGUCUCUACUUUGCCGCCGCGUUCGGAGCCGAAACCAACGUGAAAUUUGCAUGCGUGGAUUUUCUUCUCAUUAGCGAAGCAUGAGAAGCAAAACAGAGCAGCCAAGUGGAUCACAGCUAAAGCUACGCUAACAUUAGCAUCAGUUUUUUUUUUUUUUUUUUUUUUCUGCCGUCCGUCGCAGGUGCGCAGAUGACGUGGUGAAAAAGCCGCGUUACUGGCUUCUCGCUUUUUGGAGCGCGAGCUAUUUGGAAAGUAUUGACAGAAACGCGAUCAACUCGAUAAAUAAUCCUAAUGACCUGUGUGAAGUGAAACGUUAGCGUGAUCAGUGUGCAAUAUUUAACCCCUCCUGUGCAAUAUCCGCCACCGUCUUGAUUUUUUUUUUCAGAUGUGUUGUGUUUUGGGGCAAAAUUCCAGAAACAGAUUAGAUGUACCACGCAGGGCUUGACCACUAGGUGGCGCUCAUAACGUUUCUAAACAAGAUUUACUGCCAAGGGCUGAGAGGGUAACAGCACAGGGUAGACUCAACAAAAAACGCGGCAAAAGUCAUUCACGUACGUUCACGAGCAUCGUUUAUGUCCGAACUGCCAUUUUGUAGGAUAGCAGCCAUAAAUAAUAAUAAUAAUAAAUACGACUUUAUAUACAGUACAGGGUGGCCGCCAAACUUUUUGCAAGCGCUUCAUUUUUUGCACAUUUGAUGUUGUUACAGCCUUGCUCCAAAAUGCAUUCCCGUCAUUUUGCACCUCAAAAUUCUGCACACGACUCCCAAUAAUCACAAGAUGAAAUUGAUUUUCGGGGGGCAGUAGAAGGGCGGGGAAAUAUUGUGUAAAUUCUAUUUAAAAACAAACAAACAAAAAAAAAAUCAUGUUUUUCAUCAACAUAUUGGAUUGGAUCGUUCUGGCAAGUCCACAUACCCAGAACUUAAAAGUUCCCGAUCUACUGUUCUGGAAAAUCGAACAAAUUCAUUUCUCCUCCCUGGAAAAGUUCGCCACACAACAGCAAAAUUGUUGCCAAAGUGAAAUUUCAGAUUCAGAUGUUUACUUUGUAAUGCUGUGGAAUUCUGAGGGGGGGGGGGGGAACAUUUCAGUAGAAUUUUUGCGGAUGUUUAAAAAAAAAAAAAAAAUCACA